UAGUAUAAAUACCGUUGGCACCACGUCCAGUUUUAUACAGUACGCAAAUAGAAAAUAUGAUGAAACUCUUUGUGGCACUCCUGGCACUCGUUGCCUACGCAAAUGCCGCUGCUGUGGGCGAGCCAAUUGACUCGCAUUCCAUCUCCAGCACGGUUGUGGAUGUGAUUGAGGGCAUGAAGGAGCAGAUGCCUUGUGGCUUCCCCGGCCUUGGCAUUCCGCCAAUUGCACCGCUGAGAAUUGACCACAAGAACAUCGAUAUCGAUACGGAGACGCUUAAGAUGAAGGGCAGCAUCGAACAUUUCCGUCUCAAUGGUUUGAACGACUUCGAUAUCGAUGAGAUGAAGGUCAAUGCCAUUACCAGCAAGGUCACCUACAAGUUCAACUUCCGUGACGUGAAUGUGGACACCACCUACGACAUGGACAUGUUGCUCAAAAAAUACGGUUUCACCAUCAAAAUGAUCGGUGCCGGCCAUGCCAAGUUUGCCAUCAAGGAUAUGACCAUCUGGGGCACCCUCAAGUACUCCCUGGGCGUUAUCUCUGGCAAGUUGAAGCUCAAGUCUCUGGAUGUGCGUACACAUCUGGGUGAGGUUGACUCCGAAAUUGAGGGUAUGCUCGGCGAUGGCAAUGUCAAUGAGAUGAUGAACGAGUAUCUUGCCGAGGCCGUCGAGAUGGCCAUCAACGAGAAUGAAGAUAUGAUUGCUGAGACCAUUGAGCAAAUUGCUCUGCCCGCGGUUAACAGCGUUUUGGAAGAAGUCAGCAUCGGUGAUAUCAUUGCUGGUGGUGAUGGUGAGGGUGGCGAGAAGGAGGUCUGCAUUCCCCCAGAGUUGGAUUGGUAAACACAAUCAAAAUGAAAGCUUCUUUUGUUGAAUAAAUGUUAUUUUUAACAGAAAAAUUAAUGUACGAAUUUUUCUGUUCGAUUUGGAAAA